AUGGAUACCAGCCAUGUCUCCAUUUACAUCACUGGCUUUGGGCCGUUCAUGGGGGUGGAAGACAAUCCUUCAUCCGUGCUCUGUGAGACAUUGCAAAAGUACGUGCAGGAAGGCAUCCCCCCAGAAAUUGUCCCGGCUGACGUCUUGCGAGACUUCGAAGCUUCUGAUAUUUCCCUCCUAGGCCUGCGGGCUCUUGAUGUGGCCGCUCAGACCUGUCAGACGGAAGUGCCUGAAAUUCACAGGUAUCUUCGCGAAAAGAAGGAGGCCUCCCCAAAGACAGAGACUGCUGUGGUGCACUUGGGUGUUGCGGGUGAUCGCAAACACAUCAGCCUUGAAUGCCGUGGUGUUAAUGAGGCGAAUUUUCGGAUUCCUGACGUUUUGGGCUGGCAGUGCUGUGGAGAGCCUGUCGUCGACGACUCACCUCCUGUGCUCUAUUGCUCCUUGCGACUUCCAGAAAUACUUGCAGAGAUGCAUGACAGGGGCGUGAACUGCGAGAUUUCGACGGAUGCAGGCCGGUAUGUCUGCAACUAUAUAUUCUUUCAGUCUUUGCAUCUGGCACCACAUGGAACUCCCGUCCUCUUUGUUCACGUGCCGCCCUUCGAAGACAUGGUCCAGGAGGUUCAGGCCAUGGGUCGAUGUGAGGAGGCCGAAGCGCUGCAGCGGAAAGAGCUGGAGAGUUGCCGAGCGAGAUUGGGCGAGACGCACCCGGAGACCCUCACAUCGAUGAACAACUUGGCUACGGUGCUGCAGGACCAGGGACGCAAUGAGGAGGCCGAAGCACUCCACCGCCAAGCGCUGGAGGGUCGCCGGGCGAAGCUGGGAGAAACGCACCCAGACACGCUGGCAUCGAUGCAGAAUCUGUCUUCGAUUCUGCAGGAGAAGGGAAGCUACGAGGAGGCCGAGCAACUACUCCGCCAGACUGUGAAGGCCCGCCGGUCGAAGUUGGGCGAGACUCAUGAAGACACGCUGAUGUCGAUGCACAGCUUGGCCAUCGUGCUGGAGGACCAAGAACGCUACGAGGAGGCCGUGGCAUUCCUCCGACAGACGCUGGAGGGCCGCCGGGCCGAAUUGGGCGAGACACAUUCCGAGACGCUGACGUCGAUGGACAAGUUGGCUUCGGUGCUGCAGGCGCGGGGAAGCUUGGAGGAGGCAGAGAAGUUCUGCCGCGAAGCCUUGACGUCCCGACGGGCCAAGCUUGGCGAGGCUCAUGCAGACACGUUGACGAACAUCUUCGACCUGGCCUCCUUGCUGGUGAAGAAGGAGGAAUGGGAGGAGGCAGAAGAGCUCUUCCGCGAAGAGCUCGAGAAGUGUCGGUCCGCCCAUGGCAGCGAGCAUGAGGAAACCCUGAGCUCCGAGGAGAAGUUCGCCGAGUUCUUGAAGGAGCGAGGGCGCUUGGCGGAGGCAGAGAAGCUCUUGCGCAGAGUGUUGGAGUCGAGACGGGCCAAGCUUGGCAACUCCCACCCGGACACGAUGAGGAGCAUGUACGAACUGGGCGCCCUGUUGGCAGACAAAGAGGACUGGGAGGAGGCAGAGCAGCUCUUCCGCGAAGAGCUGGAGAAAUGUCGGAGCGUCCACGGCGCCGAACAUGAGGAAACGAUCGAUUCCACCGAGAGGUUCGCUGAAUUCCUGCAGGACCGGGGGCGGCAGGCCGAGGCCUUGGAGCUCUCAAAAAGCCGCGGAUGA